CUCGUACAGAUCAAAGCAUUUCUGUCGACAGUCUCGUAACGUCAAGAGCUACAAACGGUGUUAUAACAGCGUUUUUUAUUCUGUAGUAAAAAAUUUCUGCGUUUUGAUUUUGAAGAUAUGAAGGAAAUUGUAUGGUUGACCGUUUGUUUUUUUUUAACUUGGGCUCAUGCCCAAAACUUGGCAAGUGUUCCCAGAGUUCGGGUUGAGUCCGGCGAGUUAGCCGGCAGUUUCAAGCAAACAAUCAACGGCCGUCAAAUAUACGCUUUCGUGGGAAUACCUUAUGCCAGUCCGCCUGUACACAAACACCGGUUCAAGGAACCACAACCCGUAAAACCUUGGAUAGGAGUAUGGAACGCCACCAUCCACGGAAGUGACUGUCUUGGCCUAACUCACAAGUUCACUGCGACGGGCCAAGAGGACUGUCUGUACCUUAACGUGUACACAACCAAGUUACCUCAAGACGGUUUGCUGAAUGGGGGUCUAAUGAACGUGGUCGCGUACAUUCACGGCGGAGCCUUCCAAUUCGGAGCCGGCAAAGAUUACGGUCCCGAAUAUCUGUUAGACACACAAGACAUGGUUUAUGUGUCAUUCAACUACCGGUUAGGUCCUUUCGGAUUCGCCUCCACCGGUGACGAAAUAGUACCCGGUAACAAUGGUUUAAAAGAUCAAGUGGCCGCUUUGAAAUGGGUACAGCGUAACAUAGCCGCCUUCGGAGGCAACCCAGGAGCCGUCACCAUUAGCGGCAUGUCAGCCGGUGCAGUUAGCGUCAACUACCAUAUGAUAUCGCCAAUGUCUCUUGGUCUGUUCAGCCGAGCCGUCGCCAUGAGUGGAAGCAUACAUUGUCCUUGGGCAUACGCAGAAAACGUUGUACAAAAAACCAAACACUUGGCCGAUCUGCUGGGAUGUCCCACAUACUAUUCCAAAGACACUAUCAAGUGCCUUCGGUCAAGACCAGGAGUUGCUAUCGUCCAAUCGUUAAAGAAUUUCAUGCCUUGGAUGUUCAAUCCGUUUACGGUGUUCGGUCCGACGGUCGAGUUGGCGGGCGUCGAACGAUUUUUGCCAGACGUACCCGAAAACCUACCGGUCCAAGACGUGCCGGCGUUAUUCAGCUUUACCCAAGACGACGGCCUUUACCCUGCUGCCGAGCUGGUAACCCAGGACAAAGCCCUCGUGGAGUUGGACACUAAAUGGUCAGAAAUUGCCCCGUUCUUGUUGGAUUACAACUACACCGUCGCAGACGAAACAAGAAGAUCCGAAAUAGCUCAAACUAUAAAAACAUUCUACUUUGGCAACAGCUCGAUAUCGACCGCCACCACGGCACAAAUCGUCCAAAUGGUCACCGAUAGACUUUUCAAAGAACCCGUAGCUCGGACUGCUAAGUACUUGGCUUCGAAAAAUACAUCUCCGGUGCACUUUUAUGAAUUCGCUUACAGAGGCCGAGACAGCCUUUCGGACAAAUACUCUGCGACCGGUACAUCCGAAGGCCUGGGUGUGGCACAUGGCGACGAUACUAUGUAUAUCAUAAAGACUCUGUAUGGUAAUCCGCACGAAGUCGCGGAGGACACCAAAUUAAUUCCAGUCAUGGUAAACGUUUGGGCGUCGUUCAUAAAAACCGGUAUUCCGGAAGCAAGUAAUGGCACUUCCUGGUCGCCAGUGUCUCAGAAUCCAGCAGACCCGUUGCAACUAAUUAAGAUCACCCAAACUCAGACUUUCGAACCGACGGAACUGCCUGAUGCCGGUAACAACGCAUUUUGGAAAAGUCUGCCGCUAACCGAAUUUGCUACGGUUUUACCGGCAGUUGCUACAGGCCAUAAUGAACUAUAAUAUAUUUAUUUUUUAAAAAACCCACAUAUUCAUUGUCUUUGGGUCGUCCUACACCGUUGUAUUUUAGAAAAUUAAUGCAUUUUAUUUGCAUGUAAAACUAUAAAAAUAAUUCAGUAUUAAAAUAUAUAUAUAUAUAAAUACUUAUA